UAUUUUGAAAAUAGCUAUGGCGUGUAAUGAUAAUGUAAUAAAAAAUAUGGCGAACGAAAUAUCGAGAAAUUGCCAAGCGGUAAACUUUACAGUGGACCCGGAGUUUGUUAUUUAUUUGAUAGACUUGCUUUUAUUGAACCCGAAAUACGGGAAGCUGUUUGCGAAAACUAUUUGCAGAAGUAAUUUGGACUUCUUUGUCAAAGAGUGCGUGUCUUUGCUCACUGGUGAUGAAACUUCGAUAAACACACUAAAACUUCAAUACAUGAUGCAAACAAACUACGAUAAGCUACAGAAUCUAAUAGACAAACACCAGGCGUCCAUAGACCAGUGCUUAAAGCCUCUACUCACAGAGAUACUAGAUGACGGGCCCGAGCUGGAGGAUGAGCAGGCGCAGAAGAAGCUGUUUAGGAAGAUAUCCAUUUAUAUCAUACUCUCCAGCGGUUUGGGGAACCCUGGUUCUAUAGUGACAUUAAAAGAAGGCAUGGCAGCGUUAGAAAGCGUAUUUUCGCUAGAGGACCUCAAAGUGUUUGUCACUCUGCCUAGAUCGGAGAAGAUCCCACAGUUGAAUGAACUGAUGCAGAUCACAUCUGGCGUGAGGCUUUUUAACAGGGACUGCAAGAAAGGCGGCGAGGGUAUACCAGAUCUUCCGUUCAACAUAAUCGACGCUGGCAAAGCGUGCAUAUCGUCCCUCUCGCACUCGCUCAUAGCGGCCAUGCAGAGAGUGAACUCGCUGACCACGGCCGUCGCCGACACCGUCGCCGUUGACGGCGCCACGGGCAACGUCGACGUGCUGGUGCCGCCCACCUCGGACUUGACUGAAAAAGACUACAGUCAAAUAUUUGACCUGUUGGCCUUCAAUCGACAGUAUGAAGUGUUUAUACGGAAACUCUUGUCCGAUGUGGAGACCAUGGAGCAAGACGGCACCAAGGAUGUGGAGAAAGUCAAGAUGGUUCUGGAAGAGUUGCACACCGCUGUCAAAUACAAGGCAGCCGUGCCCGUCGCUACGGUUUUUCCCUUAUUCAGUAAACUGUGGCGCGUCUGGCGUUCCAUGCAGAACGUGAUGUUCUUGCUGUCGACCGUCAGCCGACUGAUGACCGCGCUGGCGCACGUCAGCGAUCAGAUGAGGAUACCCUACGGUCUGCUGGACAAAAUGCUGGAGGGGAAGAGCGUUGUCACCGAUCAGGAAAGAAUGAGCGAGCCUGUCAGUCUUAAAGAGAGAUUGUCUCUAGGGUCGUUGACCUAUCUAUGUCGUGACAGUUCUGGUGAGAUCACCGACAGACAAGUGAAAUAUCUCGGCUUUUGCGCGCUUUGCCUCAGUGUGGGUGCUCUUGUGCCGAGCAAUUUGAAAGUGGGAGUAAUCAAGUCAAAGGGCACCCGAUACGGGUUCUGUAGUGUCAAAAUGGCGGCGCGAUUUAAUAAAGACCCCCAGAGGUACGUGAAUGAGAUCCUCAACUACGCUCGCAACAACCCGCACGUGAUCAACUUGCUGAACAUUGCGGACGACAUGAGCGAAGUCAAACACAUCGACAACCUCGUCGUUAAGAUACUACCAAAAAAGCAAAUUCACGAUAGAGACGUACAAACAGACACUCAUCCGAUAAAUGGAUACAUAGAGAAGGACUACACGUCCAACUUGUGGGAGUGGAAGAGACGCGCUUGCCAAUUGGCUACAAUAGUAAACUGCCAGACGCACUCAACCCAGACCCACUACAGCCACCUCCGCGCGGACAGCCACACUCAGACCGCGCCCCCGCGACACCGCAGCCUGCAGACGCGGUCUGACGCGGGGGUCAACACCGCCCCGCACCACGUGCUCCUGUGGGGGCUGCGGGGGCAGUGGGGUGACGGGCAACACGCCAUGAAGCUUGGCGACUUCGAGGAGAAAAACUGUGAAUAAAUCAACGAUCUACUUAACCUAAAAUUCAAUCUUAAAUUCAAAUAUAAUAUAAAUAACU